AUGGGAUAGUAAGGAAAUUUAAAGUUAAAAUGUUAACAAUAUGAUCAUAAGGAUGAGAUAGAAACGAUUUGUUACAAUUAAUUUUGUCAAGAUUUCAGAUUAAAUUGCUUUAAAUGUGAUAAGAGAAGAACCCAUCAUGAUCAUAUCAAUGAUGUUGAAAAAAUCAAUAGUUUGAUCGGAUUUAUUGAAAAUAGAAAUAAAGAAUGUGAUAAUUUGAUUGAUAAUCUUGAUAAAUAUGUAGAAAGUCUGAACCAAUCAUUCUCUUAACUAAAAAGAGGAAUCAAAUUGAAAUAUUCAUUACAAAAAGAAAGGUUAAUAAAUUUAAACUCAUAGUAAUUAAAUGAUUAUUUGAAUUCAACCAUCAAAUUUAUGGAGUAUAAACAUUCAAUUACAACAAUUAUAUCUGAUUAGGCCAAGAAAUUAAAUCAUACAUUUAAUAAUAUAUAUGAACAAUUAUAAUUAUUGUCAUUAAAUUAUUAUUAGAUUGAUGAUAAUUCAAUAAAAUAAUCUGAAAAAUUAUAUGAUAAAGGUGAAUGUGUAUUUUAAUAUUUAGGUUAUGAUUUAUAUUAAAAAUAUAAAUAUACAGAAGCUAUUGAUAUUUUAGAUAUGUCAAUACAACAAAAUCCUAAGAAUUAUAAAUCUCAAGGGUGCAAAGGUGAAUAUUCUAGAAAAUUAAUAGGUGCGUGUUUAAUGAUGUUAAAUAAAUUUGAGGAUGCAAUCAAUUGGUUUGAUCAAGCAUUAGCCAUUGAUCCUAAAAAUGUGUUUUCCUUAGGAAACAAAGGUUAAUGCUUAAGAAUGUAAAAUAAAUAUGACGAUGCAAUCAAUUGGUUGGAUCAAGCAUUAGCCAUUGAUCCUAAAGAUGUGAUUUCCUUAGCAAACAAAGGUUAAUUGAGUCAUAAUUAAAUUAAUAGGAAUUUGUUUAUAGAGGUAAAAUAAAUAUGACGAUGCAAUCAAUUGGUUGGAUCAAGCAUUAGCCAUUGAUCCUAAAAAUGUGUUUUCCUUAGCAAACAAAGGUUAAUGCUUAAGAAUGUAAAAUAAAUAUGACGAUGCAAUCAAUUGGUUGGAUCAAGCAUUAGCCAUUGAUCCUAAAAAUGUGAUUUCCUUAGCAAACAAAGGUUAAUUGAGUCAUAAUUAAAUUAAUAGGAGAAUGCUUAAGAAUGUAAAAUAAAUAUGACGAUGCAAUCAAUUGGUUGGAUCAAGCAUUAGCCAUUGAUCCUAAAGAUGUGAUUUCCUUAGCAAACAAAGGUUAAUUGAGUCAUAAUUAAAUUAAUAGGAAUUUGUUUAAGAAUGUUAAAUAAAUAUGAGGAUGCAAUCAAUUGGUUGGAUCAAGCAUUAGCCAUUGAUCCAAAGGAUGCAUUUUCCUUAAGAAACAAAGGUUAAUUGAGUCAUAAUUAAAUUAAUAGGAGAAUGUUUAAGAAUGUAAAAUUAAUAUGAGGAUGCAAUCAAUUGGUUGGAUCAAGCAUUAGCCAUUGAUCCUAAAGAUGUGUUUUCCUUAAAUAGCAAAAGUAAAUUUAAUCUUGAUACAUUUAUAGGCAAAUGUUUAGGAAUAUUGAAAUAAUAUAAGGAGUCUUUCUAAUUUAUGGAUUAAACAAACUUUAUUGAUACUCAACCUAUUCACUCAAAAGGUCAAAUAUUCAUAAUUUUUAGGAGAUAAUUUAGCAGAUUAAUUAAAAUAGAAAAAAGCUUUAAUUCAUUGUGA